GCUACAAGAAACUUUGUUUCUGAGGCUCCCUCUCGGUUCAUGCUCUGAUCUCCUUUGAUGUUACUUCUGUAGCACCUUCUCAAUAUUAUUUCCCUUACCCCUCUUCUUCCUGCUUGUACAGUACCGCCGAGAUGGAGACUACCAGGCGGCCGAUAAGAGUACAACGUACGAAUCGAGUUCUUAUUGCCAAAUACCGCCGAAAUCACAAGAUGCAGUCAUGCGAACCAUGUCGAAAGUCGAAAGUCGCGUGCGACCACAGUAUUCCUUGCAGCAGAUGUAUAAGAAGACGUGUCGGCAAGAAGCCACCACGACCACGGCGACAGCAUCCAGCGCCCUGACGCCACCACGGCUAAGCAGCGCUGUCUCUCGCUCUUCAAUUGGACAACCUCAUGGAGGCCAUGAAACAGAGGCUGUUCUCAAUUCACAAGGUUACAAUGACCGAGCGAAGUUUGCACUGCCACGUCGUGCAGGGUCGGCACCUCCAUUAUCUGACUUCUCGGAGACCUGGGCAGGCAAGCCUGGAUUCCUUGGCUUUACCUCACACGCAUCUAUUAUGACAGAGGACUUAACACAACUCGGCAUUCCUUCCCUAGAAUGGAACACCACUGUCAACAAGAAACUUAUUUCGUGGGAAAGAAUAACUCGUGGUUGCCAGGUUCUCUCCUUUCUCCAGAAUAGGGCAAUGAUAGACCGUGGCAUCGACUUGUUUUUCCUGUCUAUUGAAUGUAUCGACAUUCACUGUGGAGAGUUCAUUGUGAGACAAUGGCUAUCACAAUUGUGGUUCACUCAUGGCGACACAUUGUCAACUCAGAACCCUGAGCAGAUACGGGAGCUAUGUCAUUUGCUCUGUGAUAACACUGCAACGGCGCAAGCUUUUGAUGGCAGAACCACGGCAAGACAGUGGAUUUACUCUGCCACCGGGGAAAAUAUACGCUGGGGAGUGAUCGCCAUGAUUGCUGUCUACAUAGGGACCUAUGCUAUGGUGGCAAAUUCAUCCGAUCCGUUUUUCAAAGAGUUUAACGUGGAUCGAGAAUCGCUCUUGAGCUAUAUGACUGAAGUAUCUGACGUUUGUAUCGGACUUUGCCGUGAAUGUGGUGCUUUGGAUAAUACAUUCAUCUGCGCCCUUUUUGAGUAUUACAACAUCACUAAAUAUACCAAGGGGGAAGCUUGUUACACAACAUACUGUAUCGGGGCAGAAUUGAACAGCGCCCUCCUUGCGAUGGGGCUUCACCAAGAGAUUAAGGCCGAUACUCAUGUUCCGUUUUUCCUCGCCGAGCUACACAAACGACUUCGAGCAAUGAUCUACAUGGCAGAGAUCAGCAUAGCCACAUUUCUAGGUCGCCCACCACGACUUUCGUAUCGUUAUAUCAAUUUAGAUCCGCCACUUGAUCUGAUAGACUCGCACUUAUUUUCGGAGGACCCACAGGUGCUAGCCAUUGCUAUUGCAAAACUAGACGAGCAGGGUUACAAUCGAGACGGAGAGAUUCGCCAUGUGUCUUGGACAAGGUCUUCUAUCGGCUUCAUGAAAAGAAGAGAAGACAUCCUGGAGCUCUCGUUGGGAAACUUUACUCCAGAUGAGGUGCGGCAAAAUGCAGAAAUCAUCCAAUGCAAGACAGAGGAACAUUGGGCAACUCUUCCUCAAGUGAUGGUGAACUUAAGAGACACACUCGGGCUCGAGACGCAGAAUGUUAUCGAGCUACACUUUCAAAAUGUCUUUCGUCAAGGUCCGCAGGCGAAUUCCCUGCUCCUACACCGCGUACUCAUGCGCAAAGCCGGUACCGGUCCGGCUGGACUAAUUCACACGGCACAGAUAAUUCUGAGUAAUGUGAUGCGACUGUAUAAACGCGUGGAAAUGUUGGCAGCAACAUCUUUCAUCUAUUUCCUAGCAGUACAUGGACUGCGCAGCGCGGUGAUACUAGCGAUGGAACUCCUUAAGCAGGAACGGCUCCCAGCAUAUCCCAACGAGCCGCUUCUGCCUCGGAGCAAGACAAUCCAAGAUCUAUGUGUAUUCACAGCUAAUCUCAGCGAUUUGGAUUCAACUUUUGGAGACAGAGAACUCUGUGAAAGCGGCCGAAAGCUGAUCUCUCGGGUCCUUGAUACUAUUCUGAGUCCUCCGAAUACUGCAGAUCGACGUAACCAUGACUCCUCUAUGUCAACACAGCAGCUAGGUGUUAGUGUUUUCAACAACGAUCCGUUUCCCAACUUAUUUGUACCCGAUGGCUAUCCGAUGACAGACGAUUUGAAUGACGGGAUGAGUGCACCUGUGUCAGCUCCAGAUCAUGCAUUCAGGCUGUGGCUGGAGAGCACCGAUGACCUGGAUUGGAUACUGUGA